GAAAAUCAUACAUAACCCCGAAAAAACCCGCCCCACAUAACCCCCAAGUAAUUUUCAACUGAGCAACAUUUGCGAACUGCAAUCAUGAAAUGAGGCAAAGCAAGUGACCUCCUAACCUGGUUUCGCCUGAGACAUGACAGAAUUGAUCGAACCUUUGCCUUGGUGGCGAAAUAAUAUUGAAAGUAUGUCAAUAAUUGCGUCCAAUGUCGCACUAACCUUAACUUCACGUGGGGUAGUGUCAGCAUUUCAAGAAGUUGUAGAAAAAGCCUUGAGAUUCGCUCAGCGUGUCCUCUUUGAUGCACAGCAUUAAGAUAUCUUCUGAAUAACUAGACGUUUCCCGGAGUGGACGAGAGCUGCUUUGACUGUGGAGAGGAUAAAUAAACUAGACUUAAUAAUCAAAAAUCGAUUAUGAACUUCUAAAUGUAACGUCAAUGCGUCUACCGCAUUACAUACCUGUACGAUUGUAAGUCAGACCAAUACAGUUACCAUACCAACAGCGGAGGUGUUAACAUCCACGAAGUUUGAUCAAUACCUGGGCAUUUCUUGUUAUAAAUACGGGCGGCUAUUGUUGGUUCUGGAACUAGUUUCUUUGUAGUGAGCAGCAUGGCGAGGUCAAGACGUAAACUUAACCCUAAUGGGGCAAGAAGAAUUUCACAGCAUUCCACAGGAUCUCUUUCACUCGCUAUGUCCCAAACUGGUUACGCCAGUGGCCAGACGGCAGAAAAGGCUGAAGAAUCCGAAGAAUCCGAAGAUGACGAACUUCCUAUUUUACCUAGGCAAUCCAUUCCGGAUUCAGAACUUUCUCCACAAUAUUGGUUUCUCCUCAAAGUCGUCAAGUACAUCAAGUUUGGAAGUCCGACAGCCACGUUACUGGCACUAUGCGGACUGAGCCGCUACGACCUCACUCUUCCAAUGUGCCAGCAAGCUUUGGAGAAUUCCGAGGCUGUCGAUGUCCUCAUCAACGUUCUGGAAGCCGAAGACCAUAAGUGCAAAGUGGCAGCCCUAAGAGUAUUACAAAAUCUGGUGAAAAUACAACAUUUCCAGCGCUUGUUGGUCAUUAAGUCCGGAAUCGCAACGGUCGUACGCUUACUCUCAGAGGCAGAACCAGAUGUCCGAUGUCUAGCUGCCGGUACGUUGGCGCACGCCGUCAAUAAUCACCGAUCCAGAAUGCUCACCCGUAAAGCUGGCGCCGUUCCUCUGCUGGUGGAUUUACUAGACAUUCAAAGUGGGCCGGUGAUCGUGACAACCGACGAAUUCAACUUUAAAGCCGCGACGAAACAGAAAAUUCAAGCGGCCACUGCGGCCGCCAAAGCGUUGCGUUCGUUGAGUUACAGCGCGUCGGCCCGUCGUGAAUUGUAUCUGGCAGGAGGGAUACCACUUUUGACUCGGUUGACUCUUUCGAUUGGCGGCAUCCAGCGGGAGUAUCAGCAUCUCAAUUCAUCGUUGGGAACAACAAACCGCGCUCCUUCAGUUGCCAGCACCGUCACUGGUCAAAAGCCAUCUGUUAAUGUGAAAUCAAGAAUGGCUCAUAAAAAAGCUACUGCGGCUUCCGCCAGCACGGACUCCGAGCUCGACUUUGAGUUAUUGACAGCAGUCAAUGGAGUUAUUCAUCAAUGCGCGGCGGAUGACGUAUUCCGGGCUUCAGUAAAGGCGGACAUCCUACUCGGCCAACUUCUACGACAUAUGCGUUACGAUUGCGAGCAACUACAGACACUUUGCGCGUCGACCAUAGCCCACUUUGCUGAGGAUGAGACAAAUCGUAAGGUUCUGACCCAACUUAAAGCCACGGAGACUCUCGUUUGGGUCCUUAAGCAAGGUGAAUAUCAGUUUCAGUUGGCUUCCAGUUACACAGCGGCAAUGGCUCGCGCUAAGUAUGAAGAAGAACAACCAUUAGAGCUUCAAGUUCAGGGCCGCCCAACAACGGCGCCACAAGAAGAAAAACCAGUAGAAAAACCACAAGUUAACAUACCACUAUUGAAAGCUGUUUCCACUGCCGUUUGGAAAUUGUCUCUCUCGCCGGAAGCUCGUGAUCGAUUCAGACAGCUGGGCAUAGUCCGCAUCUUCAUUCGCCACCUAAAUCAACCAACAGAAGAAGUUCUAUUACCCAUUGUCAGCAGUAUAUCUGUGAUUGGAACCGAUCAGGAGAACUUAGCUCUACUUCGUACGGAGCGUGCUGUACCACGUUUCGUCUGGUUAUUGUCGGGAAAUCACCCUGGAUUGCUAUCAGCUGCAGCACUAACCAUGGCCAAUUUGACAGCAGAUGUAGACGCUUUGGAGCUUUUGGAAACUAUUGAUGCUGCCAGGCUUCUGUGGUCGCUUCUCAAGCACCCAUCUCCAGUAGUGCAAGCUGGUGCGGCUUCAGCCAUCGCUGCUUUCUCUGAACGUUCAAAAAGAGCUGGUGAAGUAGCCCGCAGUUUGGUUGGUGGACUGGAACUUUUAGUGAGCCUUCUUAGAGCUCCUGAACUAGAAGUGGUGACGGCGGCCGCUGCAGCUGUGGCUCGUAUGGCAACCGAAGAUGAGACGCUGGCCGUCCUGUCUGACCAUCAUGUGGUUUCGCUCCUGGCAUCGCUAGUUAGACACAAAAAUCGAGAUUUAAAAUUACGUGUGGCCGAAGCAAUUGCUGAAUGUUGUCGUUGGCCAGGCAAUCCAGCUCAACUGGGCCAAGGUGGAGGAGUCAAACCACUUAUUGGCUAUCUUCGAUCGAGUCAUCUCGAUUUGAGGAGGGCGGCUGCAAGGGCCCUUCAUCAAGUCUCAUCUGAUCGUGAAAAUUGCUUUAUACUUCAUCACCACGGGGCUGUCAUGCUCCUGUUGAAAUUGGUUGGAUGUGGUGACGUGGAGAUUCAGUCGGCAGCGGCUGGUUGCUUGAGUAAUAUCCGUAACUUUAUUCACAAUGCCUGAAACGAAACGAAAAUUCCUUUUAGUUUAAUUGACAUUUUAGAAGAAUAUAGGUAAGUUGUUGUAUGCCUCUAGUACAUCAAUUGAAAAUUAA